UAUAGCAAGGAAAUCUUAUGAAUUAACAAAAACUAAAAAUUAUUUUGACCAUGAAUCGUGUAUCCCACCUACUCAAUUCUCCUAUCAGAUUGUUUACUUGAAUUCUCUAGGCCCCACGUCUCAAAUUCACGACCCAAUUAAGCCAUGGCUUCCCUUAGCUCUCUCGCAUUGCUUUCAUUUCUUUUCUCAAAUUUUGCUUCUACCCCUCAAGUUUAUUCACUAGAGGGUUACUCCUCCAAACCAUAUGUCCCCAGCAUUGCCCCUGAGAAGGUUAUGAAUGUGAUAGAUUCUUGCUGGCGAACCAACUCCAAUUUGGCUACCAAUCGCAAAGCCUUGGCUGAUUGUUCGGUAGGCUUUGGCAAAGCAGCAAUGGGAGGGAAAUAUGGAGCAAUAUAUGUAGUUACAAAUAGGGGUGUAAAUGAUACAUUACAACCUAAACCCGACACGCUUCGUUAUGGUGUUAUUCAAUCAAGUCCUCUUUGGAUCAUUUUUGCCAGAGAUAUGGUUAUCACGCUAAAAAAUGAACUGAUAGUGAAUAGUUUUAAGACUAUAGAUGGCAGGGGAGCUAAAGUGGAAAUUGCAUAUGGACCAUGCAUUACAAUUCAAGGUGUUGCCAAUGUUAUUAUACAUGGGAUUAGCAUUCAUGAUUGCAAGCCAGGAAAGGUCGGUCUGGUUAGGAGCUCCCCGACGCAUGUAGGGAAACGUGAAGGCAACGAUGGAGAUGCAAUCGGCAUUUUUGCAUCUUCUAACAUUUGGAUUGAUCAUUGCUAUCUCGUGCGUUGUAGGGAUGGCCUGAUUGAUGUGAUUCAUGCUUCGACCGCUAUCACAAUCUCUAAUAAUUAUUUCGUUCAACAUGAUAAAGUGAUGUUGUUAGGACACAACGACCAAUUCACUGCAGACAAAGUUAUGAAAGUAACAGUAGUUUUUAACCGUUUUGGUGAGGGACUUAUUGAGAGGAUGCCAAGGGUCAGGAUGGGCUACGCCCAUGUUGCCAACAACAGAUAUGAUGAAUGGAAGAUGUAUGCAAUUGGUGGCAGCGCUAAUCCAACCAUUUUCAGCGAAGGAAACUACUUCAUAGCUCCUGAUAAUCCUGCUUCCAAGCAGGUUACCAAGAGAGAAGCAAGUAAUUGGCAAAAAUGGAUAUGGCAGAGUUCAAAGGAUGUUUUCAUGAAUGGGGCUUAUUUUGUUCCAUCUGGCUAUGGAAGUUGUGCUCCUCUUUACUCUGGAGCUCAAUCUUUCACGGCUGCUCCAGGAUACAUGAUUCCUGCUUUAACAUCUGAUGCUGGUCCUUUAUCCUAUCUUGUUGGCAAACAAUGCUAAAAGCUUUAAACUUAUUAUAUCCCUCCUGUUGUCAUCCACUUUAAUUUCUUUCUUUCUUUCUCGAUACUAUCUCCGUUUUCUUCUCCUUUUUUUUUUUUUCUCUGUUAGUUGGUUUCUCUCCU